GAAAUCUUGUAUCGGGCGUCCUCAUAAUGCUGCUCUUCUUCCCAGGAUUUCGAACGAUUGUCAAGCUUGCGUUCUACACUAUUACCGCACUCGUUCUACUCGCAGCUUGGUUCUUUGCCCGGACAGACGUUGGACAGGCCCUUUCUGGAGAGGCAUGGUCAGCACUGGGCCCCUUCUCAUCCGGAAGUCAAGCACAGGCACCGGAAGAUGGAUGGAGAUCUGAGGAUGUAGCAGCACAAGUCCUGGAUUACAUCGCGCAACAAAACCUCAAAGCGGACGCUCGAGCUUCCACUGGCAAGAAUCAACGAUCCUCUAGACCAAAGAAGGAGACAGGAGACGCUUACGACACCCUUGGCAGCACAGCCCGGGACAAGGCCGUCCGAAAAGCUCUCGAGUACUCCGGUAUCGUUGCCCCGGAAUCAGGAUGGAAGAAGAUGUUGUUUGAUAAAGCACUCGACGCAACACUAGGCACCAUAAACGGAGAAAAGAGCGCUAAGCCAAAGAGCAAGAAGAACCCAUAUGAGCCUGUGAAGCGAUAUGAUGUAUGAUGACUGAUUUAUGCGGAGGGAGGAUGAUGAUAAAACUGUCCAAUGACCGCGUUCUGCGGCUGUUGAAAUAGAUGCCGAUGCUGGCGACGAUCGACGGAAUUCAAAUAAAGAACGCCAAAGAGACCCUAUGCUAAACUCCCGCUGUCCCAAGAGACCUAGAGGGUAUGGAUCACAAUCCCUCC